AUGUACGCCGGGGGGCCGUAUGCGAGCGGCGUGGUGGUCGCCUCCGGUCCGCCGACUGCGUCGCCAUACACCUCGACGAUUCCCACGAGCUCGUUUGUCUGUGCGGGGCCUCCGCCCGAGGGCGCGACGCUCCUUGACCCUGUUCGCGAGGAACGCAUUGUUGAGGUCAUAAAGGAGCGAGUCGAGAAUCGAAUCAUCGAGGUCCCCGAGGUUCACUACGUGGAGAAAAUUGUCGAGGUUCCGCACCCCGUGUUUGAAGAGAAACUCGUUCACAUCGUGAAGCCCCUGAAGCAGGAGAGGUUCAAAUAUGUCAAGAAGCCGGUCUACCUCGACAAAAUCGUCGAGGUCCCACAAAUCAAGUACGUGGACAAGUACGUGGAUGUGCCGCGCUACAACCACCGAGAAAAGAUCGUCGAGGUCCCCAAAGUUCUCGUCGUCGAGCGCAUCAUCCCGGUGCUGAAGACGUUUCGAAAGGAAACUGCUGUUUACGUCGGCGAAGACGUAAGCCAAAUGCGGAUUCCGCAACAGAUAUACCCUCAGGACGAUCGCUACCAGACGCGCGUUUCAACCUCGUCGCAAACAGCUUAUCCGCAGCCGAUGCCUCCGCCCUACUGA